AUGAAGGAAUCUGAAGGCGUUUUUGUCUCGCUGGUCCAGAAAGAUUCACCGGCAGCUCUAGCCGGUUUGUGCUUUGGUGACCAAAUUCUAUCCAUCAACGGUGUCGUUGUCGCUGGUAUGUCUGGUACUAAAGCUAUGGAUCUUAUUCGCCGUGCAUCGGUCAAUGGCAUUGAAUUUGUGGUCCGUGACAGGUGUGUUGUUUAUUACAAUCAAGUUUGA